AGAGAGAGAGAGAGAGAGAGAGAGAGAGAGAGAGAGAGAGAGCGAGAGAGAAAUUCUGCAGCAGUUUGACUUUAGAUCUGUUUAAGAGUUUGUUAAAGAGGGAUGACCAAACAUUUGGUGUGGGAAGUUUUCCUUACAAUGUGAGAAAACCAUGAAGACAAAGCUGGGAUUGAUUUGGGAUGCUGUCCCAGUGUUUACUGCACUUUGGACUGUGUUGAGCGUUCACACGGUUUUGUUGGUCCACGGGCAGGAAGGUGAUGGGUGCGGACACACAAUCCUGAGUCCCAUGAGUGGCACUGUGGCCUCCCGGAACUACCCCGGCACCUACCCCAACCACACACAGUGUGUGUGGAGCCUGAAAGUGCCGACAGGAUACACGCUACACCUCACAUUCGGGGACUUUGACCUGGAGUGGAGAAAGGACUGCAAAGCCGGUGCUCUUACCAUCACUGAUAAAAGUAAAGCCGUUAACCUGGGACCUCUGUGUGGGCAGCUGGCUGCCUCAGAAAAGAGCAUGUUGGUGAACAGUAGUGAAGUGACAGUGCACUUUGUGUCCCACACUCACCGGUCUGGACGAGGUUUCCUGCUCUCCUACUCAACCAACCAACACCCAGACCUCAUAUCAUGUCUCCACAGAGGAAGCCACUUUACCUCCCAGCAGAUCAGUGCGUUUUGCCCUGGGGGGUGCAAGGAUGUGGCAGGAGAAGUCUGGGGUCAGCAUGGACAAGGCUACAGAGAUACAUCGGUGUUGUGCAAAGCUGCAGUCCAUGCAGGGGUCAUAUCAGACAGCCUGGGAGGCAUAAUUAAUGUGACCCAGCAGAGAGGCAUCACACUGUAUGAAUCAAGUUUUGCUAAUGGAGUCCUGUCUAAAACAGGUUCAUUGUCAGAUAAGAAACUAGUCUUCAGCAGAGCAUGUGACAGCCUGUUAGCAGUUAUGACCUACAACGCGUCUUCCAUGUCAAAGGAUGGGGACAGACUGAACUGGAUUUCAGAAAACAGGGACUCGAGAGGACAGUUUGUGAAGUGGCACACUAGCAUUGAGGAUCAACAGCCAUGGUUGGAGCUGGAGCUUUUUAAUCGGAGCAGCAUCACAGGAAUAAUAACAGAGGGUCUGUCAAACUCUUUUAUUGAGACUUACACAAUCAAGUAUAGCAAAGACCGUAAAACAUGGAAAAUUUACAAGGAUGCAACCAGCAAAGAGAAAAAGGUGUUUGAAGCCUCAUCUAAUGGCCACACAAUGGCUCUCAAUAGCCUGUUUCCCCCAAUAAUAGCCCGUUACCUCCAACUCUGGCCCCAGCGCUGGCACGGCAGAGUCUCUGUACAGGUGCAAGUGCUUGGAUGUCCAUUAUCUAUGUUUCGACCCCGAUCCAACGCCGGUGGAUCCAGCGCAAUGAAACCAGUUCCCACAGAAACCGUGCUGCUGAAUGAGAUCUCCACUGAGAGUCCUGUGGUCAUAAGCUCGAGCCAAAGCUCCAGCCAUCUAUUGAUACUGGUGGUGGGUGUGGUUCUGGGUCUGGCACUGUGUGUGUGCUGUCUGUUGGCAGGGCUGCUGUGGAGGAGAAGGAAAAAGGAUGCGCACAUGAAGUGUUGCCUUGACACAGGUGUCCAUGGGAAAAAACUGCCCUAUACAGAGUCAGAGCUUGUGUCCUACCCUCUGGCUAGAAGCAUCCAUGACAGCUUACCUAACCCUCCUCUCAAUGAGUACGCUGAACCUGAUGUUCUCGCAGGUGGACAGAAAGUGGGAGUCACCUUCCGACCACCUCUGGAUGAGGGCUACACUGUUCCUUUUUCCAUUAACCAUUAUGACACACCGAAUCAUCUUCCUCAAUACGCAGAGCCCCUGCGGCUCGAGCCAGAAUACGCUACACCAUUCAAUGAGCCAGUCCUCGAUCCCCCAAACACCACACAGCUAAAGAACCUCUCUCACCUUCGCACAGCUCCGAGUGCUUUACAAUAUGACUGCCCUGCUCAUCGACACCUUUCUAAUGGAUACUGCACUCCUUUUGUUAACGGUACAGCAAACCACACACAACCCAGGCCUGGAGAUUUUGUAGCGCAGCAUACGUAUCACGAGCCCCAGUGAGCGCUGACUACUUGGCUGUAAAUCUUAUCGGUGGAAGGUCAUGUUUGCAGUUUUCAACUGUAAAUAUUAAAAGUUUCCAUUCUGCUGUGAGACAUAAAGAAUUCACUGUUGGUUCCCUUGAGAAGCAGAUGUAGCCAGAGGAACAGUGCAUACUGUAUUUUUUAUUGUUUUUAUUAAGAAAUGGACAAAAUCCAUUUUUUUCUAUUUUUUAUGGAUUUUUUUAUGACCUAUGGAUUCACUUCUAUUUCAUUCCUAACAUAAGCACCAAUCUAUAGUUCCUUAUAGUUUAUUAAUGGCUAUGAAGCUACGUAUGAGACAUUGCUGCUGAGGACCACAGUCAGUGUACUGUAACUACAGGAUUUUAUCUGUUCUGGAUGUUUCUGGGUCAAUAUAUACAAAGCAGCACUGUGUAUCCAAAGCUUUUUUAAUAUGACAAAUGAUAUGUAAAUUAUAACGAACUAGAUGUGUGUAUUAAGGGUGCAAUACCACUGCAUGUGUUGUUGACUACAACAAAGUGAAUGUUUUAUAUGAAGUUAAGAAUUUGGAUUCUGUGAUGGACCACCAGCCUUUUUGUAUAUUUAUAUGAUUGAGACUUCAGUGAGAAAUUCAUACUGUAUGUGCUUAGAAACAUAUAAAAGUUAUUUUAUUGCUGGAAAAUAUAAAAUUUUAUAGAAAACUGUAUCAGUCUGUUCUAUUGCAUAUUUAAACGCAUGUAGCAUAUCUUACGCACUUUGAAAAUGGACGUGUUCUUCAGCCGGGGUGGAAUCUACAUGAAUAUUUGUUUAUACUUUAAAUCACUACCAUACUCAAGCCUUAUUUUGGCCACAUUUAUGUUUUUUUGUAAAUAUGGAAAUUGAAUAUUAAACCUCUUACAUAAUUCAUUUACAAUAAAAAAAAUACACUUUACAUUCUUAUACUUAGA